AUGAACGAGCACAACUCUCCAGCCUACCACACACCAACCACUGCAAAGAUGCAAUUCACCACCCUCCUUCUCGCUGGAGCUGCAAUCGUUAGCUCAGCCGUCAAUGCCGUCCCCAUCUACGACAACUCUACCGUCAACGCCGUUCCCACCUACGGCAACACCACCUUCAACGCCAAGUCUUCAGCGCACUCGAAUUUCACGUUCGUGUCGAAGGCCAAGGCGAACCCCAUCUGCCAGGAUUGCAUGUCCUGCACGACCAAGCAGAAGAGUAUCGUCCUUGAGUAUCGUCUCCACAUCGGUGCACCCUUCGCCAACGGCGGCGGCUGCGAGCCGAUCAAGAAAUCCCUUCAGGAGGCCUCUCGCGUCUCGGAGAUUUCUGACUACAGCUGCAAGGACGAUGGAUUCGGCUACACCAAAAUCAGAUUCACAGCCUGGGACUACAACCAGGGCUGGGAGAUCUCACAGGUCUUCAACCGAGCAUACCCGGCUGUCAAAGCCAAAAUGAGCUAUGGCUUCAACUGCGGAAAUUUCCGAUUGAGCCUAGGCUUAACAGUUGGGGGGCGAAGAAUCAUGAGAUAG